AUAAUUCGCUUAAAAUCUACAAAUUCCACAUUUUGGCUGCCAAUCUACAUAAUGAACGACACAUCCUUUCAAUCUGGACCUUAUCUUGUUUUAUUAAUUGCAGAGUUAAUUUUAUAUAUUGCCACUGGAGUAGUUAUUUGUUCUACAGUAAGAAUUUUUCUGAAAAUCAAACUGUUCCAUCGAAAUAUGAACAUUAUGAAAAUGUUAUUUUUGUGUCAAUGGUUCGAGGCGAUUUUAGCAAAAUUGAUUAUUAUACCCUAUCAAAUUGGGUAUAUUAAGUUGACAGAUUCUCCACAACCAUUCGUCAGUUGGUGGUCAGACGACAACGCUGAAAUUAUAGUUAUCGAAAAAGCGUCACCAAUCGUCUAUCCACUGAUAAUAGCCAGUUUUCUUGUUUGGCACUAUGCGUACUCAAUGAUUUUUGGAAUUUUGAAUUUGGGUAUCGAGAGAAUUUUUGCGUCGGUUAUGUUGAAGGACUACGAGAAUACCCGGAGGCUAUGGAUUCCAAUAACACUUUUAUGUUCUACUCAUAUUAUAACUGGCGUGUUUUCUUACCUUGUUCUCAUAAAUUACACAGGUUUUUAUAUUGGAACUUCUCCAUGUUUUGUGAAUUCUGGAUUAACAUUUUUGAUGUACAUAAUCGUGCUGAAAGUCAACAAAACCCGACGUAAAAAACUCGAAUGUCCCGGAUGCGACUAUUCCCUUGCUCAGCAAUUUCAAAUCAAAGAGAACUACCGAGCGUUGAAGCUCGCCAAAAACUUGCUCAUCGUUGUCUUGUGUGCAAUGUCUGUUCCAUGUGCAUUGCUCAUUCUGUUAGUCAUUGGACUGAUCCCUUCAUUCAAAAUGAUUCUCAUCCAUAUAAUGGAAAAUUCUAUAUACUUGAAUCCUAUAAUCAUUUGCACUGUGCUCAUGUUCAGCUCAACAGUUUGGAGGGAUGAGUAUCUGAAAUUAAUUCCGGGAUGGAAGAGAUUUCGAAAAGUUGGAAUGUUCAUCGUUCGGCCACGACCACAUGUGGCUCCAGGAACAUCAACAACCCCUCCUGACCCAGAUGAGGGAUUGGUCUAUUUUGAGCAAUUGAAAAAGUCAUGG